CGUUCCGCAGCGGCGGAACCUGUGGGCUUUGGAAUAGCUGCCACCGGACGGCGUGCCGGCGGCGGACAUGGCUUUCUCGACCAGAUCGGUGGGUCGCCUGCUGGGGCCAGUCAGUAGGUCAGCGGCGCUCUUGGGUGGCAGGUGGCUCCAGCCCCGGACCUGGCUGGGGCUCCCCGACGCCUGGGGACUCCCCGCCGUGCAGCAGACCCGGGGCAAGGCGCGCGGGAACGAGUAUCAGCCGAGCAACAUCAAGCGCAAGAACAAGCAUGGUUGGAUCCGGCGCUUGAGCAAGCCAAACGGCGUCCAGGUCAUUCUUCGCCGCAUGCACAAGGGUCGAAAAUCGUUGAGCCAUUGAGCAGCGCGACGCUGCCAGCUGGACCCCCCCCCCUCAUUAAAGCAUUUUUCCUCGCUGACCACUGGGACUCGGACGGACAUGAAUCCUCAGAUUUCGGGGUUGGCCCAGGGGAAGAAUUGUGGGAUUAGACUGGAAGAGGGAGUGGGAAGUCAGACCUUGCCAAAUGCCUUUUUACGCUUUUGAAUUAGGAAGAAUUUCGAACAUGUGCAUCAGUCCACAGAAUGGUACAGUGAACGCCCUUGUAACCCAGUACACAGCUCUACCCACAACCUAUCCUGCCCUCUCCUGAGGUGCAAAUCUCGGGCAUCAGGUUAUUUCUUCUGUAAAUAUUUCAGAACUCACUUCUCUAAGAUAAGGGCCCUUUAAUACAUAUUCACAAAGCUUUUCACAGCUAAAAAAAAACAAACAACAAAACCCAACAAUUCCUUCGUAUCAUUAAAAAUCUAAUAAAUGUUCAAAUUUUCACUUGUCUUAUAAAAUGUCAAUUCUCACAGUUCUAGGAAGGCUUGUGGAGAGGUGGGAGGGGUUUGAAUCCUCCACCUGCCCCUUGGGGAUGGGCUCUGUGACCUUGAGCAAGAUCUUAGCCCUCAGGUUCAUUUGGUUCCAAUAAAAUGGGACUUCCCUGGCAGUCCAGUGGUUAUGACUCCAGGUUUCCACUGCAGGGGGCGCGGGUUCCAUCCCUGGUUGGGGAAUUAGGAUCCUGCAUGCUGCGCGGCCAAAAAAAAUAAAUAAAGCGGAUCCAUCCUUAAAA